CAUUGGCAAAUGUCAACAACUUACUAAAGUUUUUGUGCUUAUACAUUUAUGAUUUCAAAAUAAAAAGAUAUAUAAGCUUCUAUAAAAAAUAGAUAAAGAAGAUAGUAAACAUGCCGUUACCACCUGCACUUGCUGCUCGUCUAGCAAAACGAGGCUUAAUAAGACCAAACACAAACAAGGACGUGUUAAGUGAGUCUCCUCAGACUCAAGUAAAUGAAGAAAUUAUUGCAGAAGAUUAUGAUAAUAAACCUGAUGAAAUAAGUUCCAAGGAACAUUUUUGGGAAGGAAUCGAAGGUGUAAAUGUUGAUCCUAUAAGAGGCCACAAAGGAUGUCCUAACAAAAGUAAUAUUUAUCACGAAUGUUCAAAAUUUUGUGUUAAAACAUGGAAACAAGGAAAAGUUACACCGAGUGAAAAAUAUUUGGAAUUAAAGAGAAAAGUAUUAGAACUAUGGCCAUUGCCACCUGGCUGGGAAGAAGUAUAUGACGAAGGAACUGGUCAUUGUUAUUUCUGGAAUGUUCAUAACAACAUAGUUUCUUGGUUACCGCCUACACAUCCUCGAGCCGUGCCGAGUGAAUGUGCUGCCCAUUUACGCGAAGAGCGAUUAUUGAGAGAAGGGGAUGAGAGUGAUGAUAGCAGUGAGGCAUCUGAUCAAGAGGUACCGCAACAACAUUACAAAGAGAAAAGAAAAGAGCAUAAAGAGCGAGACAGGGAAAUGGUACACCAUAGAGACAAAAGGAGACAUAGAGUGAGAGACAAUGACUUAGACCCAAUGGACCCUGCUGCAUAUUCUGAUAUUCCUAGAGGCAACUGGACGGCAGGUUUAGACGCUCACGCUAAAACUGGAGUUGAUUCGACUGCUUCUGGAUCAUUAUACCAAAUGAGGCCUUAUCCAGCCCCUGGAGCGAUUCUUGCUGCUAAUGCUAAGCAAAUUUCUCCACCACCUUCUCCAUAACUUUUCUAAAUGACAUCAUUUUUUUUUUAAAUAAAAGAGAUGCAGUCUAUUUUUAUUUUUUAAGUUUUUUAGUGUGUUAUUUAACAUAAAUAUGUAAAUGGACACACAUAUUAAAAUAAUUUUAAACAGUUAAAAUAAGUGUUGUAUUCUUUAAAUAUUUUCAAAUAUGUGAGGCAAACCACAUUACAUAAAUAACAAAAAAUUAUGGCAAGUUUUCUUUUAGGCGAUUGCCAUUUAAUUUUACUUAACAGAAUUAAAUCCUAAUUAGGAUAACUAUAGGUUGCUUAUAAGAUAAUGUAAUAAUUUUGCAUUUAAUUAUAAAUAAAUAAAACCCUGAUCUUUGAUAUUUUCUUUGCAAUGCAUUAAAUGUUUUUUUAUAUUUAUUUACUUGUAGUUCAAUGGGACUCCUGGCAAAUGCCUCAUACCAUAAUGCAAGGUUUGAAGCCUAGUUUACUAAAUUAUUAUGAUCCCAAUCGUGCACUGAUUUUAUUAUAAUAUUUUUUUUAUUAAAAAUGUCUAGUAGUAAAACUUGUUUAUUAUGUUGUGUUUUGUAAAUAGUAUAUUUUGUGUUUCACAUUAUCAUAUUUUAGUGACUUUAUAGCCAUCUUUGUAUUAACUUAACAAAAGUUCAAUGUCAUACUUGGCUAUAGCAGGAUAAAUAAUAAUUUAGUCAAAUUAAAUCACUAAUUUUAUUAAUUAAUACAAAAUAUAUAUAAAUGUAUUACAACAGUUUUAUUGAUUAAUUUGUAAGGUUACUUAAGUCGAAUUUAACAUAAAUGUUUAUUUGAUGCACUAUGGAAUGAGGUGGUAAAUGCUUUAGUAAAUUGUCUAUUAAUUUUUUCGUCAUUGAAUAUUAAGUACAGUUGGCAGUCAUAAAACUAUUUCUAUUCCAUUUUCGUUACAAAGUGUAUAAAUAUUAUUUGUCAUAUUGAGAUAUAGUACAUUUGAGCCUUAGAGAAUACAAAUAUGUAUUUCUUUUAUUCUUUGAAUCUACAUUUGAGUCCAAUAAAGUAAAGGUUAACAUAUAUUUUGUGAAUAUAUUUGAUUAAAUAAUAUUGUCUUAUAAAAUAUAUUACGUUUUCUGCAAAUAAACUAAGGAA